AAGACGUCUAAAGGAUACAACGGAAGUUACAACUUCUUGUUUUGAAAGAUUCAAAAUAAUUGGUCAAUAUUUAUAGAUUUUACAUGGAAACGUAAACAAUAUGGAGGACACUAUUUUGUGAAAUAAGUCAAUAAUUUUUAAACCUUUUAGAUUGAAAAACUCUUAAUUUCCAGCACAUAAACCAUGUCUGCUGAAGAAGCAUAUGCUGACCAAGCAAAGAAGUUGGUUGAUGAUGUAAUAGAGGCUUCAAUUAAACGACUAGAGACUGGAAUAGCUCUUACAGAAAGAGAAAAGACGUUUGAAUCAAUUGUACAACAAUCUGAAACAAGUCCAGAAAAUACAUUUGUUAAAGAGGAAAAUUUUGUUGUAGAAAAUAUUAAAUGGCUGACCAUAGGGGAUUAUUCUGUUGCAAAAGCAGAAGAAAAAAUGCAUGAAUAUAUAAAGACAUGGCAGUAUGAUGUCAGUUGGUUAUAUUGUAUAGACUUUCUGGGAGCAGAAGAAUAUGAUUUUGAUUCACGGUACAGAUUCAGAGUACGAUGGAGCAUACCAACAAGAAGAAAACCAAUACCAAGAGCAACAGCUUCAGUUUAUUUUUCAUUUGUAGUAUCAAAAAUUAAACCUAAGCAUUACCCAGUUGAUACAUACUAUGUUUAUGAAACACAUAAGUUAGUUCACAAACCAGGACAGUCCCGAUUUAGAGAGAAAUGGUUAAAGGAUAUUAUAGAAAACAAAGUGAUGAUGAUGCAGAUGGUGGAGUUCUAAAUAUAGAUAAUUCCAGUUACAUAGGAGAAGUGGAAGUUCUUGUUCUAAUUAUAAAUCAUUCCAGUCAGGAGAUGUGGAAGUUCUUAUGUGAAUUUAACAUGUGAUCAGAUAAAUAAAUGUAAAGAACAAAAAAACUUAUGUCUGUGAUAAUUUGUAUCUUCUUUUUUAUCAUGUCAAAAAUAUUUUGGGAUGUAAUGUUUCUUUAUUUGACUUUUAUAGCUAUUCUUUUAUAUUUGUGCAUAUGCAGCAUAUUUUAAAUUUUUGAAGCAAAUGGUUUGUAUUAACUAGAAAGAAAAACCAAUAUCACUCAAUCAUGAAGGAAGAUAUAUUUACUAUAUUUAUUGACAUUUUAAUUAUUAAAUUAUUUUUAAAAACAA